AUGGCCGAAGUCGCCCAAUCGGUUCCUGCUGAAUCGCAGGCUAAGCAUGUUGUUUACUGUGGAGUUUGCACAUUGCCUCCGGAGUACUGUGAAUUCGGCGGCACGGCCAAGAAAUGCGAGGACUGGUUGAAGGAAGCCCAUCCGGACAUGUACCAGUCGUUAUAUUCUGAGGAAGCCCUCAACUCCAACCUCGCUACAUUGUCGGUAUCGGCUCGGGAGCGCGCAGCUAAGGAUGCGGCGAAGAAGGAGGCCAAGGCUGCUGCGGCUGAGGCGCGCGAUGCUGAGCGGAAGGCGGCGUCCAAGGUACAGAUUAAGCGGGUUGAGCGGAACAAGCGGAAACAUGUGACCGUUAUCACGGGCUUGGAUAUUUAUGGGUUGGAGAAUAAGAAGAUCGCUAAGGACCUGGGCAAGAAGUUUGCUACUGGUUCUUCGAUGACUAGGUCUGCUGGUGGAACUGAGGAGAUUACCGUGCAGGGUGAUGUGAGUGAGGAUGUUAAGGAAUGGCUGCUCGAGGUGUACGGGAAGGAGAUCCCGGAGGCCAAUAUUGAGCUCAUCGAGGAUAAGAAGAAGAAGAAGGCGGCCGAAGCGCCCUGA